CCUCAACUCUCUUCUCUUCUCUCUUUGGGGUUUCCUUAGAGGCGGCCCCUUCUCAGAAAAACGAAAAAAAAAAGUUUAAAUCUUGAAAAUUCUCCCAGGAUCACCAACUUAACACACUUAUUAGUAGCAGAAAUCACCACAUAUUUGUUUAUGCUUAUUUGUUUAUACACAAACAAUUCGCAGAGAACGACAGGUGAUCUUCUGAUGUAAACUGGCAUUGUUAUUGGAGUUGAAAUCAGUUGAUCAUAAUGUGAGGGAGUGCCGGGACACUGGAAAUGAGUUUAAGGACAUGGUGCUUCGGCAGCAUAGUUCUAUCUGGUCGGCUCCUGCAUUGGCAAGUUCUGGCCAGAAAAUAGGAAAUCUUUACUUGCUGUUUUCGUCAAUUGCAAUGUCUCGCUGUUUUCCCUUUCCGCCGCCUGGAUAUGAGUUGAAGGGUAGACCUUUCGAUGAUGUGGAUGUGAUCAUAAAGGAGAAAGAAAAGCACAAGAAGCACAAGGAUAAGAGGGAGAAGAAUGAUACGAAAGAAAAAAGUGAAAGAAAGAAAAAGGAGAGAGGCGGAGAGAAACACAGAGACAAGAGGGAUAAGAAACGAAAGCGGGAGAAAGACAGAGACAAAAAGGAUAACAAUAAAGAUAAAGAAAAGAAAGUAGGGCCCUUGGAGAGCCAAAAUGAUCAUGAGCCUGUUCCAGAUGCUGCCCCCGAAUUGGGAAAUCGAGUUAAAAAUGACGGAUCAAUGGGUGUCCAAACGGUUCAGAAAGUCACAAUUUUGGAAAGGCAAAAGACCAACUUGUCGGAUAAGGUGCAAGAGAAUGGUAAUGGCAGGUUGGGUAUUAAGGAUCUGAGAGAUCGCAGCAGAAUGGCUAAUUGUCAAAGUUUCCAAGUUGAUUCAAGGAGUUUGGGAAGUGGCGGGAAUAGUUAUGGAGAAAAUCAAAUUAAGGUUGAGGAGGGAAAGGAAAGGAAUGGAUACGGCUGCGGGAUUGGCACAGGUGAAGGGGGUACUAGCAUGAAUGCAGAUCAAAAUAAGAAUGUGAAAGCAGAGGACAAGAAAGGGAAAGAGGAGAAUAAAAGAGAGUUAACUGGGUUUAGGAAUUGCGAGGUCAAGGAAAAUACAAGUAAUCUUAAUCUUCUAGAUUUUCACUCUAAAUUUCCCUCAGAUCUUCUGAAGGAGAACAAUGACUGCCAGGGAAAGCUUCCAAAACUGAAGGAGUUGAAUGGCUUCUUACAUGCCAAAGACAGUGGAGUUCGACUCAAUAAUAUUUCCAGGCAUGCCAUCGCGUCUGAUCAAGUUGAUCAAACCGGAACUGGUAUUCGUCCUUGUCAAGAUACUAAUAACAUAGGAGUGGUGGGUAAAAGAGCUGUUAUUACAGAUGAGAAGAAGGUGAAUGGCAAGCUUUCAUCCCCUCAAUCGGUGAUUGAUAACGUAAGGAAUAUUGGACCUUGCCAGACCUCAGCUGAUAACAGAAUAACAGAGAAUGGUAGGGUUCAUAUUAAUUCUCAUGUUGUGAGUAAUGGCGUUAUCUCCCCUCACAUUGUCCGUAUACAAAGAAAGAUGGAACCAUGCCAGACUAGCAAGAAUGUUGCAAUGGCCAAGCAGAUCAAUAGCAGUUUUGACCAAAAAGUUCCAUUCUCACUUCCACACGUGGCGAUUGGAGGAAAACUGGCUGUGCAAGCGCUAGAUGCUAGCCAUAUGAGGAUGCAUACAAAUGAGUUGAGGAUCAGUGGUUCUUUAGAAGGUAAGAAGCACUCUUCAUCAAGAAAGCUGAAGGUCACCACCACCACCAACACUAAGCUUCCUCACCCUGAUGUGAAAUACUUGAGCCAGAUACUUACUGUUCCUGAGGUAGAAUGGCCACAAAGCGAUGACCAAGAAUGGCUGUUUGACCGCCAAGAUUCAGAAACAAAGAGGCCCAAAUUAGCAUCCCCGGAUACGAAACAUGUCUGGUCAGAAGCCAUACAUUUGAAGGCUUCAGAUGUCACCGUGUUGCCAUAUGUCAUUCCUUACUAGAUGGGAUCAAGAAAAUUUGCUUUUUUUGAUCACCUCAAAUUGGCAAAGAGAGAGCAUCUGCACUGCACCGGGUUUUGGGUAGAGUUGCGUUCGUGGUUUCUUCUGCGCUGUUAACUGCUAAUGUUAGGUGAAGAUGGGCAGCAGUGUUGCCAUAUCUGACAUGCUACAUCUGCAUAGAGAGAUCCAAGUGCCCAUUUCCAGACACUCAUGUUCCUGAAUCUUGGUUGUGGGAGGGAGCUCUAUUUGCUGUGAAUUCUUGGCAGAAGCGGGUUAAGAGGAGCUAUCGAUGGAGCAGUGGUGGAGUUUAAGCGAAGAACAGUGCCAGCUGGACGGUGAGGAAACUGGAGCUACCUCCGCAGGCCACCGGUAAUUAGUAGGGCCAAUACAUAAUACAUGUAAUUUAUCAAUAUGGUUAGAAAACAGCUAUGUGAUGAUCGCUUGUUGAUUGUUGUGCUAAUAGGUUUUAGCCAUGAUUUCCCAA